AUGGGCACAAUAGAAAUUGUGGAUUUAUCCAGUGAUGAUGAAGGGGAAAAUCAUAGUCCAAGAGCUGUUAAAGAGUGUCAUAGUCAUUCUGGCAUACUGGAGCAGAGCUUUUCGCCAGUUGAUGACAGUGGCCUUUCUUGUCCUCAGUCACUUUGUGCAGCACCCAUAUGCAGGCAGUUUUGGAAAGCUGGCAACUACGAUAAUGGGUUUGGUUCUGAAGUUAGCGAACAAAAUGCAGGAAACUAUCUACAUGUCCACCCAUUGUUCCUUCACUCAAAUGCAACUUCACAUAAGUGGGCAUUUGGUGCCAUUGCUGAGCUUCUCGAUAAUGCUGUUGAUGAGGUCCAAAACGGGGCCACUUUUGUUAUUGUAGAUAAAAUUUCUAAUCCGAAGGAUGGAAGUCCAGCUUUGUUGAUCCGAGACAAUGGUGCUGGAAUGGAUCCAGAAGCGAUGCGCCGUUGCAUGAGCUUUGGUUUUUCAGAUAAAAAGUCGAAGUUUGCAAUUGGACAGUAUGGAAAUGGCUUCAAGACUGGUAGUAUGAGACUGGGUGCAGAUGCCAUUGUCUUCAGUCGCCACUUGAAUAAUAUGAUAUUGACCCAAAGCAUUGGACUUCUGUCUUAUACAUUCUUGAUGCGAACACAGCUUGACAGAAUUGUAGUACCCAUGGUUAAUUAUGAGUUUAAUUCAUCAACUGAAUCCUUGGAAAUACUAAAUGGCCGAGAGCAUUUUAGGUCUAAUUUGUCUAUGCUGUUGAACUGGUCUCCAUAUUCAUCUGAAGCAGAACUUAUGAAACAGUUUGAUGACAUUGGAUCCCAUGGUACUAAAAUCAUUAUCUUCAACUUAUGGUUCAAUGACGAUGGGAAUUUGGAACUGGACUUUGAUACUGAUCCUGAGGAUAUUCGUAUUGCUGGGGAUAUCAAGAAGAUUGAUACAAUGCCUGCCAAGAAGAUAGUAAAUGAGCAACACAUAGCUAACCGGUUUCAUUAUUCUUUACGUGUUUACUUGUCCAUAUUGUACUUGCGGAUACCAGAAAGUUUUAGAAUUAUAUUACGAGGGAAAGUUGUGAAGCUACAUAACAUUGCAGAUGAUCUUAAAUAUCCUGAAUUUAUCUUGUAUAGACCACAAAGUGGUGUUUCUGAAAAGGCAACAGUUGUGACAACAAUUGGAUUUCUUAAGGAAGCUCCUGAGGUCAACAUCCAUGGCUUCACUGUAUAUCACAAAAAUCGGCUGAUACUGCCAUUUUGGCAGGUUGUGGACUAUUCAUCAAACAAUAGGGGUAGAGGAGUUGUUGGUAUCUUGCAAGCAGAUUAUAUUGAGCCAACUCAUAAUAAGCAAGAUUUUGAGAGAACUUCCCUAUUUCAAAAGCUUGAAGUACGCUUGAAGGAAAUGACAUGGGAAUACUGGGAUUAUCAUUGUCAACUAAUUGGGUACCAGAGAAGGAAGCCUCAAACUGUAGUCAGCCCACUGGAUUCAUCACUGAAGAAACCACCCGCAUCUCUUACUAAAAGGAAGGCACAUGGAUUCAUAGACCUUCAUAGUAUGAAAAAGCAAGCAAUGGAAGAGAAUGUAAGAGUUGUUGGUUGCAAUCAGAGUGUACAGACCAUCGCAUCUCCUGCAGGCCAGGAGGCUAUAAACUUGAUGGAAAUAAACAAGAAACUCAUUGCAAAAUGUUUGGAAUAUGAAAAAGGAGAGGAAGAACUUAAUCUUAAGGUGACACAGCUUAGAAGUAAAAUUAAAGAAGCUCAACUUGAGUAUGAUAGACUUUUGGCCGAAGUACAGUCCCUGCUAUGA